AUGAAAGGUAAAUUAGUCUAAAAUUUUGAUGUGAAAGGAUUUGAUUUUGACUGCUUUUAGGAUUAAUAGGCCUUACUGGUUGUAAAAUCAUUAUUUUACUUUUUAAAACCCUUAGGGUUUUUUGGUACAGUGAAAAAUUCGAAAAAAUCAUUGCACUGUGCAAAACUUCCAGAAAAUACGUCAUCCUGAUGACGGAACCGACAGAAAAAUAAUCAGGAAGCCUCGAAGUUUUCUUGACACUGCGUUUUACCCUCACAAAUUUACUAUUACUACUAAAAAUCAUAAUUUUUUCGAAAAAUUCGUCAUCAUGACGGAUUUUUUAAAAUUUCAGAACUCAAAGUCCUCAAACUGAAAAUUGGUGUAUAACUUAUCAAUUCCAAAAUUUUCAGCCUUCAACACCAACAAAGAUGUGGCCAAUUUGUCCUAUGACUACAUCUUUCAGCGUAUAAAAUAUCGCCCAUUCGAAUUCUUCCAUUCCCCGCCGGAUUUGGAGGCCGAAGCUGGAAUCUGCAAGAUCAUUGGCCUAAAUGUGACCUUAUAUCUGUCUUUUCAGCAUGAUCAACUUGAGUUUUAUCGAAAAAUUUUUGCAAAUUUGAAAAAGUCAGCGCCAAAUUUGAGAAACAUCACUCUAAAUGGCGGAUAUAUGUAUGGCUGUGAGAAUGGGGUGAGUUUCAAUGGGUUGGCAUUUUAAGAUACGGUAGAAUGGAUUGAGAUACUGGGAUUGGAAAGGAUUUUUGAGGGGUUUAUUUUUGAAAAUUUGAACUUUCAGACCACGGAAGACUGGCUAGAAGAGAUUGAACUGAUCUCCGGCUCAUAUAACGCCAUUAUUCAGGCUGCCAAGGAAGCAGAAAUCACUGUUGAUCACUUUUUUGCCGAUAUUCGACUGGCGUUCCCUUAUAAUGUAAGCUUGAACCUACUACAAUAUAACGUCGAUAUCUCUGCCUGGGACUUUUGGAUUCUCCUCAAAUUCUGGUGAUAGAAUCUACUUAGGUCACGUUUCAUUUCCUAAAAAUUUUAGUUCUCGUUUUGCGGGGAGAGCCGAGAUAUUGAAUGAUCUUUGCAGACGAGAGAGCAUAGAAAAUGAAGAGACGGUUAGAAAAAACUUCUUUUUUUUGCUUUAUCGCCUGAGAUUCUGCGCAGAAAAAAAAAGAUUUUUUGUAGAAAAUUUUUACUCAAAAUUGCAAAAAGACGGCUGCCCGUUGAUCUCUGCAAAAUGUUGGCUGAAAAAAUGUUAUGAAACGGUAAAAAUUUUAUUCUUGAUUUGUCCUAAGUUUUAUCAAAAUCCGAAGACAUUUCUUUUCCAAAAAAGCAUAUGUUUUCCACUGUUAAGUAAGAUAAAUUUUUGGGAUUUUUAAAAAUUUCCAAAUAUUUUUUUUUCAGGCGAUAAUCUCAGCCGAUCCCUCGACACUCCUCCCCGACGCCGUCCAUCUCAUUUAUCGCGAGCAUCUCGGUCGUUACGGCUAUGUUCUCAACGCCGAAGAGACCCAUCUAAUCUCCCUUCAAUUGCCCACAUUUUUCCCCACAAAUUUGCAUAUGCAAAUCACUCCAUUUCGGGAGGAGAUGAAAAAUUCGGAGUGGAGAUUCCGUGAGGACCCGAAACUCGAGGAAUUCGCGGAAAAAUCGGGGCAAAUCAACGAUUUGUCAGGGGCAGUUUCUAUGGAUGUUGAGCUGAAGAGUCUGAAAGAAGAAUUUUAUCAAAAAUGCUUUGCGAAUUUGAAAAAUGGAAAUGAAAAUUUGAAAAUGGUGACGCUCGAGGGAGGCCAUAAAAGCAGGAUUGGGACCAAGGUAGGGGUUUUGAUUUUUGAGGAAAAAUUUUGAUUUAAAAAAAUAAACUUUUUAAAAACAUGUCUGAUUUUUUGAGUCGCGCUUAGCAGAAACUUUUGAGAUGUUUAAUCCGAAAUUUAAAAAAAUUUUUAUGUUUUUAAAAUUUGUUGAUACAAAAAACAGCGUUUUAUUUCUAAUCUAGAGUAUCAAAAAAAUUUUGAUUUUGCCGCCACACGAUUCAUUUUUUUUCGGCGACGAUGCGAUUUUGGAUCCCACAGAGCACUCAUUAUUUACCCGACAAACUCCGAGACGUACUUUAAAUACUAUUGUAGUGAAAAAAAAGGUUUUCUCUGACGUCCGUGUCUCCUCAUUUUCCAUAGUCUCUCGUUUGCAAAGAUCGUUGAAUAUCUCGGCUGUACCUUGAAAGGACAAGCUAAGAAUUUCGGCAAUUUAUUUUUGGCCUAUUUACAGUACUCAUGGCAUCAGAAAAAAAUUCAAAAUUUAAAAAAUCAAAUUUCCCGCCAUUUUUGGCAUUCUGUUUCAAUGAGCAAAAUUGAAACAAGGAGACUUAAUACGUAUUUUAAAAAUCAUUUUGGAUCAAACGGAUGCGAAAAUAAAUUUUUUAAUUUAAAAAAAUUCAAAUUUCCCGCCAUUUUUGGCAUUCCGUUUCAACUUGCUAAAACUGUUCCUUUCGUUAAAAAAAGCAAAGGAACUGUAAAAUACGAUGUCCACAAGACAUAUUUUCAUAUAACAAACGAUUUCAGACGACAAAAGACCUGGAUUCGGAGAUAAAAACGUUGCUAACCGCGAUUCGAGCGGUAAUCCGAGGUUCCAAAGCCGCCGAAUUGCCGCUAAAGUACUUUGUUUAUCAUACUGAAUGGUUCUUCGAUUACAGUGUAGGUUAUUUUAUGAUCAGUUUUUUUAUUUUUCUAAUCCUUUCAGAAAAGACCGAUUUCCUUUCCCUUUUUGCAAAUAAUUCAACGUUAUAUAAAUGCGGAUGCCAUUGAAGAUACGACUGCAUUUACUUUCGAUUACAAUGUCGAGGGACUAAUAGUUACGAUCCAUGUGAGAUUAAUUUUUGACCCCAGGCCAUUUUCGAUUACUUUGCCGAAGAAGUGCCCAUUUUAUAGCCAAGAGCAAUAUCCGAUAAGGAGUUUCAUCGAUUUGACUUCUCAAACUUUGCAGGUAAGUAGUGGAAAUAGUAGAAAAUAUUGUAGAAAUCUUAGUUUUUAAUUUUUUUAGGUUUUCUUAUUUGAAAAACAAAAAUUUACUCACAGGGGAAGUACCCCAAGUGCAGAUUUUCUUAAAAUUUUGCACACACGUCGGGUAUGGACUAAAUAUCAAUUCCUGAAAGUUUUAGCUCGCGCUUUGCAGGCGUCGCCGAGAUAUCGAACGAUCUUUGCCGCCGAGAGAGCACGCUAAACGUGGAGAGCGGUCAGAGAAAAAUUUUUGGCCAUAACGUUGGCAGUUUCGUGCGGAAAAAUUUGAUUUUUUGUAGAAAAAUUAUUUUUUACGGCAGAAAUGGGCAUGAAACUUUUCGUGCCGAAAUUCGGCAAAAAGUCCUAAAUUUUGGCCGACUUUCGAUCUAAAAAUCUCAAUUUUUUCUGCGAAUGGCGAGCUAGAAAUUUUGCAUAUGUCUUAGCAAAUAUUAAGCAAAGUUUUUGCCAGGUUUCAUCAAAAUUUGAGCGUCGCACUUGGAGUACCAUGUCAAUAAAAAAAAUUUUUUUUUUGCACUGUGCAUAAUUUUGGAAAAAUUUUUUUGCACCGUGCAGAAUUUUGGAAAAAAAAUUUUUUUGCACAGUGCAAUGGUUACAUUAUGGUUAGAAAAAAAAUUUUGCACAGUGCAGAAUUUGAAGAAAAAAAAAUUUGCACUGUGCAGAUUUAGCAAAAAAUUUGCACUGGAAUUAUGAAAAAAACGUUUUUGCACAGUACAGACUUAUAAUUAAUGAUUAUUGUUCACCAAAACAUCUUUGCACUGUGCGGAUUUAUUUUUCACAAAAAAAUAUUUGCACCGUGCAGACUUCCGAAAAAAAAUUUUUGCACUGUGCAAAAAUUCUCAAUUUUUUUAUCCAUUUCAGAAGCUGACGAGUAAAAAUGAGCAAAAAAAACUUUUUUAGGUCAAAUUCCUGGAAGAUCUGCCCUUCAUAACCGAGCCUUUUACGGAAUUCGCGGUCAGAAGUCUCCACAAAAUUCAGCGGAUUUACUUUGAUCCGAUCAACGAAAAUGCUCAAGAUGCCUUCAGUUUCUACAAAAAAUGUCUGGAGAUUUUGAAAGAGUACCGUUAUAUCGAAGAGCCUUUGGGGCUUUAUAGCGAGUCCCACGUGAAUGUGGAUGGAAAUUUGGAGGAGGAAUUGAAAAUUUUGCAAAAUAAUUUAAUCGGGCUGACAAGGGCGUUGAAUGAGACGAAAAUGGAGACAAGAACACCGACGGUCGUUGUGGAUUACAGUGUUAUUGAUAAGGUGGAAAAUUUUGAAAAAAAAAAUUUUGAUUUUUUCGGAGAAAAAAAUUUUCGAAAAAUAUUGAAUUUUUUCAAAAAACUCUGAAGUUUUUGAAAGCCAUCGAAAGAGACCCCCAGGGUAAUCGAUGGCGUAGAUUCCAAAAAUCAUAUUCGUUUUUUCUGAUUCCUACUUUUUUGCUUAAGUAGUAAUGUUAAAAAGUAAUUUUUUGAAAUUUUUCUAAAAAUACUGGAUUUAGGGGUUUUCGAGGGUGCUGAUUUCGAAAAUGACGUUCAUUUUGUUGAUAGUUACUUUUUUUACCCUCGAAAACCCCUAAAUCGACUAUUUUUCGAAAAAAUUCAAAAAAAUACAUUUUAACAUUACUACUUAAGCAAAAAAGUAGGAAUCGGGAAAAACGAGUAUGAUUUUUGGAAUCUACGCCAUCGAUUACCCUACUUUUGACCUUUUCGGCCAUUUCAGGCAAACAUCGAAAGAGCCCCCGAUUCCGGGGUCUCUUUCGAGGAAAACCGAAGUUUUUCUCGUAGUUUACAAAUAAUCCAUUAUUUUUCUACCGUAUAUUCAACAAUUUAUGUGAAUUUUCUUUUCCAGCUUCUAAAAUCAUCAAACUGGACAAAACUCGUCGAAAAUCUCUUCAACCAUCAAGUGAAUGACGUGGAAAAGAAGGAGAAUAUGAUGGUAAUGGAAUACACCGCCAAUGAAGUGAAGAUUCGAAUGCUUUUGGGAUUCAACAUGAAGGAGAAGAGACCCUCCGGAUUUCAAUUGUCCUUCUUUAACGACCAUGUUUAA